AUGAAGAGAUUCAUUUCUGGCCUGCCGCGAGCUCGUCCCAGGCCCUUGUUCCGCUGCUUCAGCACGUCAAGACAAUGCCUUGCCGACCACGUCAGAAUAGUCGAAGUCGGACCCCGAGACGGCUUGCAGAACGAAAAAAGUACCAUAUCCUUGGAGACCAAGCUCGAGCUUAUUCGGCGGCUGUCGCAGACCGGCGUCACGCAUAUGGAGGCAGGCUCUUUUGUGCCUGCGAAAUGGGUUCCGCAGAUGGCAUCAACGGCAGAAAUCCUUGAGUCUAUCCUGACUCAACCACCUGCUGCGCCCCAAGGCAUCGCAUACAACUAUCUCGUGCCCAACAUUCGCGGACUUGAGAACCUGCUCAAGUUAUUCCAAGCCAAAGGCGGUCAAAAUCCCACAGGCCAUCCUACCCCGCCGCCAUCCCCCGGGCCUGAACAAACACAAGGUCAACAAGCCCAGUCGGGGAAUUCGACAGAGAUAUCAUUAUUCGCUGCAGCAACAGAGACAUUCUCACAGAAAAACACAAACUGCAGCAUUGCAGAGAGCUUGGAGCGAUCCAAGCCUAUACUCGAGCUUGCAAAGCAGCAUAACAUCCGCGUGCGCGGUUACGUGUCUGUGGCACUAGGAUGUCCGUAUGAAGGGCCAGAUGUGAACCCUCACAAAGUCGCGGAAAUUACCGCUACCCUGUUGGAAAUGGGCUGCGAUGAAGUUUCCGUUGCUGACACGACUGGAAUGGGCACAGCACCUCGGACGCGAAAACUGCUUCAGACGUUGAAGGAAGCUGGGAUUCUGGACGAAGAUCUCGCUCUUCAUUUCCAUGACACGUAUGGCAUGGCGCUGGUGAACACUGUCGUUGGUCUGGAACAUGGUGUUAGGAUAUUCGACAGCUCUGUCGGAGGACUGGGUGGCUGCCCCUACAGCAAGGGCGCCACGGGCAACGUUGCGACCGAGGACUUGCUGCACCUGCUGCACAGCCUGGGCUGUGAGACUGGUGUCGAUAUGGUCAAGAUGGCAGAAAUUGGGCAAUGGAUCACUGCCCAGCUCGGCAGAGCCAAUGAUUCAAGGGCCGGGAAGGCGACACUAGCACGGCUGAAGGACUCAUAG